UGUAGCAGCUUCUCCAUAGACCGUAGUACCAUGAUUGGUUUGGGAAGCAACCAGCAGAUUGUCCCACCUGUAGAACCACUGCACCAUCAGGUCCCAAAGUGGAAUCCCACUCCUGUGGAACAUCAUCAACCAGACAACAGUGAUCGAGCUGGUGAGGAAUUCCUGAGAUGUAUUGCCGCCAACAAGCCUCUCCCUGACUAUCUGAAAGGGAACAUGGCAUACAACCUGGCUGAUGCAUUUAAGUCAGCUGAUAUCCUUAAGGAAGCAGUCAGAUCAGACCCUGACUUCCAGAAACAUGUGGCCAAGAGCAAAAGUCGCAGCCGAAGUCGGGGCAGAAGCCGCGCCAAGUCGCGAGCCAAGAGCCGCGCACGGAGCAAGAGCCGCGCACGGAGCAAGAGCCGCGCACGGAGCAAGAGCCGCGCACGAAGCAAGAGCCGCGCACGAAGCAAGAGCCGAGCACGCAGCAAAAGCCGAGCACGCAGCCAAAGCAGAGGAAAGAGUCGAGCGAGAAGCAAAAGCAGGGCUCGCAGUAGGAGUUGGAGCCACAGCCGAAACAAGAAGAAAAGUCACACACGGAGCAAAAGCCGGGUCAGGAGGUCGAAGUCACGAAGUAGCAGUAAUGAAAAGAACUACGCCAAAGACCGAAAGAGAAAGAGGAGCCCCAGCUGCAGCAGCAGCACUGCUAGCUGCAGUAAUAAUCUGACAGGCAGUAGUCUGUUAGAAGGACUGAAGCUGGUCAUGAACAGUAAAGAACUAGAAGACCGGUUGCCAACCCUCAAAGAUGCCAUCCUCACUAUUCAGGCCUCAGAUGGAAGCAAACAAGGGGUGUAUGUGUCUGAGGAGCAGCAACAUGACAGUCUGGAGAAUUCAACAUUAGAAAACGACAGCAUGCUCCUUCCCCAUGACAGAGUGGGCAGCGACUUCUCUUGGCUCCAGGCGCAAAGUCAGGAGGACCCAGUGGUCAAGAAAACAGCAGAGUUUGAAGAUGAAGAGUCAUUCUUGUACGGAAAUGAAGACACUGGGGAAAAACAAUCCAAUAAUUCCACAGCACUUUUUGCGGCAUAUUCCCAGAUUGGAGAAUACAAACCACAGCAUAACACAAUGGACGAUGCUCUCAACAGUCAACACCAUCAUCCGAAUAAGUCUAUAUUCAAUAACUAUGGGGAUCUGCUUGAUUUGAAACAACCUGUUCAAAUCACUUCUUCAGGCCUCGCCUCUGCUAACCUGGACAGCAGUGAGUGUGAGAAGAUCAAAAACAUUCUGAAAAGUCUGGGCACGGUGGACAUCAGUGAGAUUAUGGGGAAGAUGCAGGGGCAGAAGGAAGCAAAGCAGCCACCUCCUGCACAACUUCCUGGUUCAGAACCAGCAUCAGCAGCAUUGGGAUUACCAGCACUGAGUAACCCAAAUGUACGGCAAGCUUUGGAGUCUCUACAGUCACUAAUCAAAGCGACCAAGGAGAAGCGGACAAGGAGGGAUGGCAGUGGCACAUCUCAGACAUCUUCUGAUAAACAAAAGGCAGCUGAUGAGGACAGCAAGGAUAAACGAUCCAGAAAAAGUAAAAUGGAAUUUUUAAUGAAAGAACUGGAGGGAUUGUUGAAACUGGACGGAUUGAGUUUUCUGACGCCAGUGAUUGGGUUUUACUGCCAGAAAUGUGAGGAGUUCAUUGGAGAUUUGAAUAGUGCUGAAAAUCAUGCAGCCAUACACCACCAUAGUAACUCUAGCAAUCAGAAAGCACAGAUGGACAAGCAUCCUGGAGACAACAAAGGACUUUCACGCUAUCCCAGCAGCAGCGGUAACCAUCACCAACAUCCUGCAGAGAAAAGAGAUCACAGGGGCCAUGGUUCCCACAGAGAUUCAGGAGACCACCAACCAAACCGGAGAGACGAGAGAGAUCACAGAAGCAAACAUGACGAUGACAGCAGAAAUCUCAGGGCCGGACAGGAAAAUAUCUUCUUGAAGGAAGAGAUGAGGAAGGAGAGAAUGCUGAUAACAGUGUCCCGUGGACUCACACCGCCUCCAAAUGUCAGGGUGAAGGAGGAGGUGAGCAAGGAGCAUACUGUCAGGGGUCCCACAAAAAAUGUGGAAGACUCAGACGGCAAGGGCUCCAAGAAUAGCAGAGAAAAGGAUAGCAAAAAAAAUAAUGAAAGCAGUGACAGCAGUGAUGAUGACAAGGGAAAAACACUGAAUGCCAAAUCACCUAAGAAGAAGAAGAAGAAGGACAAGGAGAAAAAGAAAAAGAAAAAGAAAAAGGGAGAUAAAUCCUGAGUGUUGUAGUAUGCUUAUCAGUUUUCAUAUCCAUACCAGAUUGACCCAUGUAAUGAUGUUGGCAGGUUGUCAUAAUUUCUUAAUGUAGUUUUACAAUUCCACUCCUGAGAGCAACGUCACUGUUUUCUUUUCUCCUCCCUGCCCUUUUUUGUUGUCGUGAUCAGAAGAGGGAUGCUUGGCCUCAACAGGUCCAUCAUCUCCAUUCAUAAAGAGCCUGACAGGUGAGGAUAUGCACUUGUUUGCUGUCAACCACACUCAAAAAGAGACAUAUCUGUGCUUCCAGUACAGAGAUGGGUCUGAACUGAACACCAGAAGUGGAAGCAAGUGUGAGGUUUUGAUUUGUUGGAGGUGUAAUUUUACCCUCUUAAAAGAUCUGUUUCUAGUUUCUGUGUCAACCUAGACUAAAUGUCCCAGACUGAUCACUGAACUGGACGCAUGGAGAUUGAAUUGAUUAUAAACGUUCUCUUUUGGCUGUUGGUAUGCUAGCAAAAAAGUUCAUUUUCUAAAGUGUCACUGUACUCCUUUUGCAAAGAAGCUACCUAAAUUUUUUACAUGACAAUUAAAAAUGACUUCAUGAAUAUGUUGGCUUCAUUGCAUUGUCUCAAAUAUGCCCCAAUUUCUUUUAAUUUUCUUUUAAUUUUCUUUUAAUUAAAUGUUUGAGAAAAUAAGCAGCGAGUUAUUUCAUCUUUGGUUGUAUCAUUGAUACUGUAUGA